AUGAAACGAAAGUUUCAGCCGUACGAAGCCCAUCUCCAGUACCUUCUUCAGUUCAUGAUUGAUUACAAUCUAUAUGGCUGUGAUUUUGUCGAAUCAUCCCAAACCUACUUUCGAUCUCCGGUCCCCGCAAGUGGAACUAGUACCACGUCUUCGCAGCUUCUUUGGAAUAUUCAAACUGUUGCAAGAACUUCCAUCACGGAUGAUCUCACAUUGCCUCGAGAAAGCUAUUGUUCAAUCGAAGUCGACAUCGCAGCCCAGAACAUCACCAAUAGGCACAAGGUUAAAGAGCGCUUGCUCCACCACGACUUUACUGAGUUUCUAAGGCCUCCAACGGACGAUGUUAGACUGGUGUCUAGUAUGGCUGGGCUAUGGAAAGCUGAGGCACGAAGGCGCCAACGCCAAUUACUACCCGGCCAAACAAAUAUUGAGCACCUGGUGUCCUCUGUUCCGCGAGACGCUUUUGUGUCGAUGUCGGCUGACUCUCGAUCAUCCCAGCCUCAGGCAUGGAUUCAUGAAGGAGAAUACCGCCGAAAAGUGGAAAAGUUAGUUGCUAAAGAACAAGACCAAUGCCAUGGACCGGAGCUUAAUCUGGAUACAUUUUUGAAGCCUCUACACUCUGAAAGUUCCAUUAAAACUGCUUUACAGUCUGUUGAAGAUUUGCAUCCGUCUAAACUCUUGCCCUCACUUGGGCUUUCAUUGGGACUAGAGCAGCUAGACGAGGAUCCUGAUGCCAGUAUUAUGGUCGAUGAACUGAAACUUUCUCAAGUGGGAGAAGAUGACCUGCUCGGAACAGAUUCGGAUGAUAUGGGGAUAGGCCAAGAGACUGGCCAAAACCACGAUGAUGCAGCAAUAGAGAGCACAAAGGACCUAAUGAGUCAACGCGUCUUGGCUCAAUCAUCGAACAUCGAAACCAUGAAAUACAAAAGACGGAUAUUUGGAAUCGGCCAAAGCGGUCUUACAACCGGCGAGCUUCCUCGUAUUCCCGUAUCGGCCAGGUUGGUUGAAGCUGCGCUGCGCAGCUUACUUACCUUCAAAAACGGUAGAACGGCUGUGGGGGGCCAAAAGACAAAAGUAAUCCGUAAACGUACAGCAUCAUGGUCGUCGAAUGGCAAUUCUGCUAAGAGGGCCAAGCACGAUCCUUCAUAUGAAGAUGACCCUCCCCCCCAAUUAACAGGUGCAAAUCAAUCAAUGUCCUAUUACGAAUCUGAGUCGCAUAUCUCGAAAUCAAUCGGCCCUUCAGGAUCGCCGCCUCGUAUCGUCGAAGGAGAAAAAACUAAAACCUCAGGUCACGUCGUGACCUAUGCUAUUCGUCCGCCAUCUGUGGCUGAAAUUGCUUUGAGGAAAGAUCACCACAUCUCAUCUAGUAUCAUAUACCAGGAUGCUUUUUACAGCAGAGAAGCCGAUCUUCCGGUGCAACGACGGGAAUAUGCCGGUAGGGAGUUCCGAUUAAUCAGCGACACUCUUCCCUUUUUGCAUGACUUUGAUCCCACCGGAGGACUUUCACCAUACGGAAGCCCCGAUCUCGAUAUGAGUCGUUCUGAUGGGUCGCAUAUGAAACAAGAAGAUCGGCAGUUGAAGAGAUCAUGUUCGUGGAGAAGCUGGGAGAUUGCACAACUUCCUCCUUCCUAUGAGGAGGUUAGAAAAUGGUCCACUCAGAGCGGCAAGGUCGACACAACUAGCAGUACAGCAACUAGACGGACUUCAGGUCGUUCACUGCUCUCUCAAAUUGAUGGCCCAACACAGAAGGCCAAAUAUGAUUUUAAAUAUAGUCAAAAGCAGCCCUCGACAGCUGUGCCACACGAAGCCCAAUAUAUGAGCAUAAUGAGCCUUGAGGUUCAUGUGAAUACGAGGGGGAAUUAUGUCCCCAAUCCAGAAGAAGACGAAGUCCAAUGUAUUUUUUGGCAUUGGAAAGAUGACGAAGCAAUAGCAAGUACUGAUUUCGAAACACCAACAAUAUCAAAAUCCGGUAUUUUAGUCCUGUCAGCCGAUGGCGCCCUGGCUGAUCGAAUAAGGCAUGCAGUAUCUGACGAAGUCACUCACGAAUCUUCAGAGCUGGAUUUACUCAAUCGCAUGGUUGAGAUAGUUAGAGUCUAUGACCCAGAUGUGCUGACCGGCUACGAAGUCCAUGGAAGUUCAUGGGGCUAUCUCAUUGAACGGGCAAGGCUGAAAUAUGACUACGAUCUUUGCAAUGAAUUUUCUCGAAUGAAGACACAAUCCAAAGGUCGAUUUGGGAAAGAAAGCGACCAGUGGGGGUUCAAUACAACAUCAACGAUUCGAAUAACGGGAAGACAUAUGAUCAACAUAUGGAGGGCAAUGCGUGGCGAAGUGAAUCUUCUCCAAUACACCAUGGAAAACGUGGUAUGGCAUCUUUUGCAUCGUCGAAUACCACACUAUUCAUGGAGGUCUCUCACAUCCUGGCUCCAAAGCGGCAAGGGACGGGAUUUAAACAGACUUUUGAGAUACUAUCGAACACGGUCCAGGCUAGACUUGGAAAUUCUCGAGUCCAACGAGCUGAUCUCGAGAACUAGCGAGCAAGCAAGGCUUCUAGGCGUCGACUUCUUUUCCGUAUUCUCUCGCGGCUCACAAUUCAAAGUCGAGUCCAUCAUGUUUAGGAUUGCCAAACCAGAAAAUUUCAUGCUGGUCUCCCCUAGCCGGAAACAGGUUGGGCAGCAGAAUGCACUUGAGUGUCUACCACUAGUAAUGGAGCCCCAAAGUUCAUUCUAUAGCAGCCCUCUUGUUGUGCUGGAUUUCCAAAGUCUUUACCCUAGCGUCAUGAUUGCAUAUAAUUAUUGCUACUCGACGUUCUUGGGACGAAUCACAGAUUGGCGAGGCAAGAGCAAGAUGGGCUUCACUGAAUACAAACGACAAGACGGUUUGUUAACUUUGCUAGAAGAUCACAUCAACAUUGCGCCGAAUGGCAUGAUGUAUGUGAAGUCCGAGGUUCGGAAAUCUUUGCUCGCCAAAAUGCUAACCGAAAUUCUGGAAACGAGAAUAAUGGUCAAGAGUGGCAUGAAACAAGACCAAGAUGACAAGACCCUUCAGCAGCUACUCAAUAACCGACAGCUUGCUCUGAAAUUGCUCGCCAACGUCACCUACGGUUAUACUUCAGCUUCAUUCUCCGGGCGAAUGCCUUGUUCAGAAAUCGCAGACAGCAUUGUGCAGACUGGUCGCGAGACACUGGAGAGAGCUACGGCCUACAUCCACUCCGUGGAGCGAUGGGGUGCUGAAGUUGUAUAUGGUGAUACUGAUAGUCUUUUCGUCUACCUCAAAGGGCGUUCAAGGAAUGAGGCAUUCGCCAUCGGCCAAGAGAUUGCUCAGGCUAUUACGGAAAGGAACCCAAAGCCAAUAAAGCUCAAGUUUGAGAAAGUCUAUCAUCCAUGCGUUUUGCUUGCUAAAAAGCGCUAUGUCGGUUACAAGUACGAAACCAAGGAUCAACUCAUGCCUGCAUUUGACGCCAAAGGUAUAGAGACUGUCCGCCGAGAUGGAACUCCCGCAGAACAGAAGAUUGAAGAGAAAGCACUGAGGUUACUAUUUGAGACAGCCGACUUGAGCCAAGUUAAAAGAUAUUUCCAGAAACAGUGCAAAAAAGUGAUGCGUGGCAAAAUAUCAGUUCAAGACUUUUGCUUUGCCAAAGAAGUCCGCCUUGGCUCCUAUUCUGCGCAUGGCCCAGCGCCUGCUGGAGCACUAGUCAGCGCAAGGAAGAUGCUGCAAGAUGCCAGAGCAGAGCCACAAUACGGCGAACGCGUCCCGUAUGUGGUGAUUACUGGAGCGCCGGGUGCUAGGCUGAUCGAUCGGUGCGUCUCACCAGAGGAGCUUCUCCGUAAUCCUCACUGGCAGCUGGAUGCAGAUUACUAUAUAUCCAAAAACAUCAUCCCUCCGUUGGAGCGAAUAUUCAGUCUUGUCGGCGCCAAUGUGAGGCAGUGGUACGACGCAAUGCCCAAAAUACGACGUAUUCACCAAACAAAGGGGCUUGGGAGUAAGAAACGGACAUUGGAGGCAUACAUGCUGUCGGUACACUGUAUGAUUUGCAGAAGAAAGAUUGCCGGCACUGCAGAGCUAUCAUUGUGCCGUUUCUGCUAUGCCAGGAUGCCGGCGUCUUUGCUAGCGCUACAGGCAAAACUAACUGCGGCGGAACAUAAGUACGCUGAAACGCUACGCAUUUGCCAGAGUUGUGAAGGCAUUGGCCCUCUGGACGAAGUUGGCUGCGAUAGCCAUGAUUGUCCCGUAUUCUGGACUCGCACUAAACUGAAGAACAAGAUGCUCUACGAGCAGGCGGUAACUAGCCCGGUAAUUGAUGGAAUAAACGCCAAGAUAAAGAGCUCCUCUUUGAACUGGUAA